AUGGCUGCCUCGAUUGCCCCGGAAUGCAAUGAGACGAAAGAGCAAUACGAUACUUGUUUCCUGAAGUGGUACAGCGAGAAAUACCUCCGUGGCAACACCAAGUCAAACGACUGUGAUGAGCUGUUCUCCAAGUACAAAACCUGUUUACAUAAAGCACUCAAGGAAAAAGGCAUGGACAGCAUGCUGGACGACGCUCGAAAGAGCAGCAGUGAGACCGAUGCAGAGUUUCUCAAAAAGUCUUGA